UCUGAGCACGAGUUACCGUCAUGGCCACCCGGUCGUUGGGAAAAGAGACGCGCCACUGGGAUGAGGUGCCUGGAGAGCCGAACAGUGAGAACACCGGCACCUGUGGAACCGGUAAUCAAUAUCCUGUUCCCUUGGUCCUCACAGCUUCGGGCGGGGCUCCUCUGUCAAGUGACCCGGAGAGAAGCAGCGCAGCAGGUUCUCUAGGCUCUGUGGCCAUUUUGGCUGGUGAAGCCCCAGCACCGACCUCCGAGACCUGCUUGCCUGCGGAGCACAGUUCUGCUCCCCAGGUCAGGUGCAGCCCCCGUGUGUACCUUACACGUAUAGAUGGCUGGUCCGAGGUGGGGCAAGACCCAGAGGGCACUGAGCUGCCCGGUGGGCAUUCGGCUCAAAGCAAGAGCCGUAGGAGCAACCGUCCUAAAAGGCAGCCCCUCCGCAAGCGGGCUGCCGCAUCUCUAGAGUGCCCUCAGCCUCUUGGCGCCGCCACGCUGCAGUCAUCUGUGCGUCCGCUGCCAUCUUCUCCGAGGUCCGAGCCCCGCACCGGCUACCAGUCUCAGGCUUCUCCGCAGAGUCGGGCAACUCAUCCGGGGCCUGCCUUCGGCAGCCAAAUCCGGAGAGGCCCCGCAGUCCACAGCGGUAGUGCCCUGACAGAUACAGCGCCUCAGCCCUCUGCUUAUGCUUUAGGCCCUGCACUCGGCAACGGUGCAUCCGCACCUGACCCUGCCCCACACAGUCAGGCCACCGUGCCAGGCCCUGUUCGUGGCAGUGUAUCUAGAUCUGGCCGUGAUGUCCACCGCCGCGCCACCAGGGCAGGCCUUGCUCGCCGCAACCGCAACCGCAACCGCAACCUCAACCGCGGAUCCCGGCCUGGCCCUGCUCAACGCAGGCGCACUGCCGCCUCAGCACGCCCUGUUGCCCGUAGCAGUGCACGCGGGUCUGGCCGUGCUCUCCGCAGCCUUGCCACCCCAUCAGACCGUGUCCUCCGCAGCAGCGCAUCAAAGUCUGGCCCUGACGACCCCAGCCACGCAACCAGGGCAGACCUUUCUCUCCGCAGCCGCGCCACUCGGCCAGGCCGUGUCCUCCGCAGCAGCAGCAGCCGUGUCCUCCGCAGCAGCAGCAGCAGCAGCACGUCCGAGUCUGGCCCUGAGGGCCCCAGCCGUGCAACCGGGGCAGGCCGUGUCCUCUGCAGCAGCAGCAGCGCAUCUGAGGCUGGCCCUGAUGGCUCCAGCCGUGCAACCGGGACAGGUCUUGCUCUCUGCAGCCGCACCACUCGACCAGGCCGUGUCCUCCGCAGCAGCAGCAGCAGCGCGUCCGAGUCUGGCCCUGAGGGCCCCAGCCGUGCAACUGGGGCAGGCCAUGUCCACCGCAGCAGCACGUCCGAGUCUGGCCCUGACGGCCCUAGCCGUGCAACCGGGGCAGGCCGUGUCCGCAGUAGCAGCAGCAGCGGCAGCAGCGCGUCCGAGUCUGGCCCUGAGGGCCCCAGCUGUGCCACUUGGCCAGGCCGUGUCCUCCGCAGCAGCAGCAGCGCAUCCGAGUCUGGCCCUGAGGGCCCCAGCCGUGAAACCCGGGCAGGCCGUGUCCGCAGCCGUGCCACUCGGCCACGCCGUGUCUGCAGGAGCAUCAGCAGCAGCGCAUCCGAGUCUGGCCCUGAGGGCCCCAGCCGUGAAACCCAGGCAGGCCGUGUCCGCAGCCGCGCCACUCGGCCAGGCCGUGUUCUCCGCAGCAGCAGCAGCAGUAGCAGCGGCACAUCCAGGCCUGGCUUUGUUGAGCACAGCUAUGCCACCCCGCCAGGCCGCGUUCUCCGCAGCAGCAGCAGCAGCAGCACAUCCGGGCCUGGCUUUGUUGAGCACGGCUGUGCCACUCCUCCAGGCCCUGUUCUCCACAGCAGUGUGUCAGGUUCUGGCCCUGAUGGCCACGGCCAUGCAACCAGGGCAGGCCUUGCUCUUCGCAGCCACACCAGUCCAUCAGGCUCAGUUGCACAAAGCAGCACCUCCCACCCUGGUCUUGUUCAGCGCACCUGUUCCUCCCUGCCAGGACGUGUUCACAGCAGUGAGUCCGGGUCUAGUUCUGGUGGCUGCAGCCGCACCCGCGGCCUUGCCCAUAGCCGAGUCCGCAGCCGAGUCCGCAGCCGAGUCCGCAGCCGCAGCCGCAGCCGCAGUCGCGCCCGCCCCCGCGCCCACAACCGCAACCGCAACCGCAACCGCACCCGCACCCGCGCCCGCGGCACCCAAUCCUGCCCUGCUGUCCAGAGCUCACCAAGCUGUGUUUCCCAGAGCGGCACCACACAGGGAAGGUCAGCCCUUCCAAGCCUGCAUGCUCUUCCUGUGUUGGGUGGAAGGAAUCAUUCUGUGCAAGUCGCCUUAGGAAUGCCUGUUCAGGGUGCCUCGCUUUCUCCUGAUCCUGAGGCCCAAAACCCUCCCUCCCCGCCUGUUUGGCAUGCAGUCCGUAUGCGUGCCUCUUCACCCUCACCUCCUGGUAGGUAUUUUCCUUUGCAUAGGUUUCUUAGACAGCAAGUUUCCUCUUCCACUGAGUCUUCAGGCCAGAGCCCCUCCUCUUCCACUAAAUUUUCUGGCCAGAGUCUCUCUUGUCCUGGGUUCUGUGGCCUGAGAUCUAUCCAAACUCCUAGCCCUGAUAGUCUUAGGCGUGCCUUGCUGCCUGAGCUGGAUUCCCUGACUGCCACUUUAGCAGAGCAGGAGGAAGUAGAGGAUGUUCCUUCCUCUCCUACACCACAUGUAAUUUCUGAGAGGAGCAUUCCCCAAGACCCACAAAAAUGAAUCUCCAUCCGCUGGAUGUGUGGUUACUUUGUGCUAACCUGUGAGGUCUCCAAUAGUUCUAGCCCUUAACUAAAUUCCCAGCAGUUUUGAAGCCCCUUCUCCCCAUGACCCUACUGCCUGGCACAAACCCCUGUGUUGAGAGUUCAGCUUUCUAGGUUGCUUUUAUGUAAUGAAAUAUCUUAAUAAAACUGUUGGUUUCAUUUAAAAAUAUAAUGUUCUUUGUAUUAAAAAAUCUUGCCCUUUGUUAUAUUUGGAGGAUUACAGAAGGUUAUAGAAUUACUAGCUGAUUAUAUGAAAGAAGGAAUAAAACACUACCUUAGUAAUCACUCACUCCCCCUGUUGGAAAUGGAGUUCUACCCAGGAACUUAAACACUUAACACACUGUGUACCCUCUCAGCAUAAGUGAUUUGCAACUGGGACAAAAAAAGGGGGCAAAAUUUAACCCAAGGUGGUAGGAAAAAGGAAAGGUAAUGGCAAUUUCUGGGAUCAGAAAAGAGGAGGUACGUAGUCAAAUGUGGUAAGGAAGAGGGAGGUGAGGUUGGAUGGGCUGAUAAUCCAAAUGGGAGUAGCAAGGCUUGCAGAAAUACCAGGAGCAGCAAGGAUCAAGAGUCUGAGGGCAAAAGGUUUCAGUUUAUACAGAGAGCAACUAGAGCUGAGUUCUGGGUUGGGACAGGUCUUAGAAGGGCAAUUGAAAUGACUGAUUUGAAAAUGGUCAGAUAGUUAGUGAAAAAUGUUGAUCGAUAAUCCCAUUGUAAUCACAGCUGAGCUUGUGAGUAGGUAUAUGAGAAAGUGUGUGGAUGUGUGCACAUUUAGAGAGAAAUGCAUGGGCACACACUGAUAUGAACAGUAUUACCUAUUUUUGGACUAACAGGCAGUAUGAUCUCAAUUUUUACAUUUUUUCUUUUGAUCAUAUAACUAUUUCUAUGAUGAAACUCAGUUGUUUUUGAAAACUGUGUUAAAGGCUAGACUGAAAAAAAUGUUAAUACUCCAGAGGGAAAAAACCUCCCAUGUUCAUAUUUCUCCUGUCUGCUUUUCUAGUAUGUGACCAAUAUAGAUAUAGAUCCUGGCCUAGUCCUGGGUCUCAUAUUUUAGAAAGUACUACAUAGGUCCUAUUUGUGCUGUAUUCAUACUAUAGAACUGAGAGUCCACAGGAACAAGGGGAUGGGCUCACUAGGUCCCAACACCCUGACACUUAAAGAAAAUGUUUCAUAUAUUUUCAUUCCCCAAGACUUUAUGUAUGAUCUGCAAGGCCUUAUUGUCAGGGUCCUUUCUGAGGAUGGGAAGUCUGGGACUGUCAUUCACACAUUCUUUAGCCCAAAGGUGGACAAGAAGCUGCUGUCUAUGUUACCAAAGAAUAGACAAAGCUUGGAGGUAUAGGCUGAGGUGUUAGGGUUAGUUGUGAGACACCUCAUA